AUGGAGGACCCACCUCGGAAACCCGGACGCCCCCCCAAGUACGACUGGGAUGACAAACGCGACAUUUGCUACCAAUUGUACGUAGUCGAGAAGAAGAGCGUACCUCAAAUCAUCGAUCACUUUGCCAAACUCUUCGACGUGCCCGUCUCCGAACUACCCUCCCACAAGAGCUUCUUCCGGCAGAUCGGGCAAAUAUGGCGAAUGCCAGCGCGCGUGAAGAGGCUGACGCCGGAGGAACAGCCCGUGGUGAUGGCUAGGAUCAAAGAGCUGUGGGAGCAGAACGUUCUGCAACGCGAUAUCAAACAAACACUGGCCGAAGAAGGAUGGGAGGUCAAUGGCUACGAGUUCAACAAGCUGUGGAGGAAGCUUGGUCUACGGCUUCGAUAUGCGGAAGGCUACCAGUUACCGGGAGACCGGACUGGCCAAAAAAAGAAGCGCAAGAGACCUGCCAACGCACCAGACGAUCCUAGUCAGGCAGUGGUCUCCGACGAGCAGUUCGAUGCCGAAAUGCAAGCCGCUGCAGCAGGGGUGCUGGAGCCUCUAGCUGCGCCUAUGGGACCUGAGGAGGCUUUCAUGCGACAGCAAAGGCUACUCGAGCUCCAGCUCGAAAGCGAUGAAAGGUUGCAGGCCAGAAAGCGACGCCGUCGCAUCAGAGGGUUCGGACACCUACCGCCAGACGCGCCAGGCACAGAACCACGAUACAACUCGGAGACCAGCUUGGAUGAGUGCAAAGCAUUUCUGCACCUGGACAACGAUCUUUACCAACAGAUGCGGCAGGAAUACGAAGUCAUCUGUCGCGACAUGGACAUCAUCAGGAAAUCACAGUGCGCCGAAGGCGUAUGGGAAGCCAGUAAACAGAGACUGAUGCUGUCAAACAUGCACCUGGCAGGCGUCAUGCACCCACUACAGCCCGACCAGGAAAGGAAAGCUGUCGCCCUGGAAAACGUAUGCGCCGACGUUACCAAGCGGAUGCGGUUCCAAGGCAGAACAAUUACGAUUGCUGAAGCAAAUAACGUACUCGGUCUGAAUCCCACCGAAAGUAAAGUCGUCCGUCGGUCGCUGUACGAGAUAUUUGCAGAGGACAACUUCGAAUCUCGACUUGUAUCUGGCGAAGAACACUUUCAGGCGCUGCGUCAACGCUGGUACGCCACGAACGACAGACUUUCGCAGGCUGUGUCGGAGACACCGCAGAACGAAAGAAAGAUGCGAGGCAUAGAUAUGCUUUGCAGAGAUGCGAUGAAGCGCUUUCGCGAGGACAAGAACAAGCGUGGCGAACGUACGUCUGUUCAGAAGAAUGCCGCCUAUGGCCCUGGACCCGGCCCGGCGUGGAAUGGGACUUUGCCAAGAUCGAAGGUGGCAGUCAACAAGGCCAGAUCUGCGGCCGCACAAGAAACGGAUGCUCCAUCUAGCGCACAGAAGAAGCCUCGUGCUCGAACAACACCGCAAGCGACGAUUUCGCAAACGCAACACAGCGGAUCGAUCGCGACAUUGGCACAGGCAGCCGGAGCUAUAAACUUCGACUUGGACCCAGCUUUGUCCACUGCUACUUCUUUCGUCACUUCGACAGCGGAACCUGCCGCACCACACGUACAGCCAGUGACCGCCUAUUUCAGACUCGGCGCUGGCUCAGAACUCAUAGGGUCACAUCCAAAGAUGUGGCUUGGCAGACUUGCCUCCGCAACGAUCCCUGAGUUACACAAAGCUGCGAAGAGCAAGGCAGGCGCCGCAAAGGUGGGCAGAAUACACGGUAUGGUCAAGAACGCAGAUGGCACUGAAGACAGCUGGCUGGUCGAGAAUGCUGAUGAGCUCGCUGCGUACCUCGAGGAAGCUGGUGAGAAGCCUUCGUUUUCUGUUGUCAUUGCUGGAGGUUAUGCUUGA